AUGGAUUCGGACGUCCUCGCGAAGAAAAGCUCCGCGGGUCAUCUGCAGCGCAAUAAGACCGAGCGCCGGCGGCUACAAGGUCUCCAACGGGUCGAAACAACGACUGGGGGCGCGAAACCUAAGGCUCCACAGACAUGGGGUCAGUCAAUGAGCAUUUGGAUGAUCAACGAGGGCAACACGAAAUUGUUCUUCGUUGCUUUCCUCAUCCUCCAUCUCAUUGCCGCCAUCUUCGCCGUCUUCCAUUACAGUCUCAAAGACAACCUCACUGGCGCUAGAGCCACCUUCGGACCCACCUUCGUGAUUGCCCGUUCUGCCGCGCUGGUCAUUCACAUUGAUGUCAUCUACAUUCUGUUGCCUGUUUGCCGCAACUUCGUAUCUCUUCUCAGGCGAACGCCUCUUGCCUCCGUAAUUGCUUUCGACGAAAAUAUCACGCUUCACAAAGCAACUGGAUGGUCAAUCCUUAUAGGCUCGGUGCUCAUGUUGUCAACGAAUUUGUAUCGCCUCACCAUGGCCGACACUUCCGCGACCACGACCGGCGAACGCGUCAAGUUCUUCGUUGUUGCGAACUUCAUUAUUGGCCCGCUCUGGACGGGCUGGUUAAUGUUGUUGUUCUUGGGAAUUAUGGUCUACUACGCUAUGGAAAAGCGUCGUCGAAUCGCUAAUGGUGGAUUCGAGAAGUUCUGGUACACCCACCAUCUGUUCAUUCCCUUCUUCAUUCUUUGGCAACUUCACGGCAUGUUCUGCAUGAUCAAGCCCGACCGUCCACCGUUCUGCUCCUACAACACCAUCGGCGUCUUUUGGCGCUACUGGAUCGUUGGAGGCAUCAUCUGGAUUUCCGAGCGUGUUCUGCGCGAGGUUCGUUCCCGACACGUAACAUACUUGUCCAAAGUUAUCCAACACCCCUCGAACGUCAUGGAGCUGCAAAUCAAGAAAGAGAAAACGAAGACUCGUGCGGGCGAAUAUAUCUUUAUCAACUGUCCCGAGAUCUCUUACUUCCAAUGGCACCCUUUCACCCUGACUAGUGCCCCGCAAGAAGACUACAUUUCCGUCCACAUCCGCGUCGAGGGCGACUUCACUACCGCACUUGCCAAAGCGGUCGGUUGCAACUUCGACAAGAAGGACAAGGAUGCUGCUACUGUGGUUACUCCAGCACUCAACCGGCCUCUUCCACGAAUCAUGGUUGAUGGGCCGUUCGGGACGUGCUCUGAGGAGUUUAUGAACUAUGAGACGGUGUUGCUUGUCGGUGCUGGUAUUGGUGUGACACCGUUUGCAUCUAUCUUGAAGACGAUUUGGUACCGGCUUAACAACUUUGGAGGGGAAAAGGCGACACGGCUGUCCAAGGUUUACUUUACAUGGGUGAUCAGGGACUUUGGUACCGCAGAGUGGUUCCACUCCCUGCUGCACGCGAUCGAGACACAAGACACCCAAAAUCGGAUUGAGAUCAAUAUCUACCUGACACAGCGCAUCAAGGAGGACGACAUGAACAACAUCAUUGUUCACGAUGUCGGGGCUGAAAAGGACGCAAUCACCUCCCUUCGCGCGCCAACACACUUUGGACGACCUAACUGGGACAGAAUAUUUGGCUCGAUUGCGGAGAAGCAUCCAGAAUCAGACGUCGGAGUGUUCUUCUGCGGCCCUGCAGCCAUCGCGAAGGCUUUACACACGAAAUCGAAUGAAUACAGUGACCCCAAGGCGACGCGCUUUUUCUUUGGCAAGGAAAACUUUUGA